UAGCACCGCCCCUAACACAAAUGCAGGAGCGCGACACGUGAUUAUUAUACCAAAAUCCAGUAUGGCGGAAUCUGUCAGUGAGUGAAUUCUACGCUGGCGCACUCUCCAACGGGAAUUAACAUAUCUUGCAUUUUUCAGCUAGGAGUAACCGCCUUACAAAGCAGGUUGUGAAUACAAUAAUAAAUCAAUAAAAGCAGCCUUCAGACUUGUCGUACUUGGAUUGGAUUAUCCGUACCUGGAGGACGGGUGUGUUGGUGAACAAAGGCCACCCCCCUGGAGUUUACGCAGUGGAUGGUUUCUCCCUUGUAUGUAUCCGAGGAGCAGUGUGGCUCGAAGAGCUUGGCUAUUCUGUUGGGUUUUCUCUCCCCCCUGGAAAGACCGACCUCCAAGUGGAGUCUCCAGGACACCCUUCAAUGAUGAGCUCCCAAAGCCAUUCCCCAGAUGGACUUGCCAGCAGUGAGUACCCUUUGGAGCUUCUGAAGCCAUCUCAAAGCAACCACAUCCAGUCUUCUGUUGAUGUGAGCACAGCACUGCCCCUGCAAGUCCCCCAAGCUGCAAUCCCCAUGGACCUCCGGGUUGAUCACCAGUUCUCCCCGCCCUCUGCGGACCCUAACCUGCGGGAGAAACAGCUGCAGCAGGAGCUCCUGGCUCUGAAGCAGAAGCAGCAGAUCCAGAGGCAGGUUCUCAUCGCUGAGUUCCAGCGGCAGCACGAGCAGCUCUCCCGCCAACACGAGGCCCAGCUACAGGAGCACGUCAAGCAUCAGCAGGAGAUGCUGGCUCUGAAGCACCAACAGGAGCUGAUGGAACACCAACGCAAGCUAGAGAAGCACCGCCAGGAGCAAGAGAUGGAGAAGCACCAGAGAGAACAGAAACUGCAGCUUCUCAAGAACAAGGAGCGCGGCCAAGAGAGUGCAGUGGCCAGCACAGAGGUGAAGAUGAAACUCCAAGAGUUUGUUUUGAAUAAGAAGAAGGCUUUAGCUCAGAGAAACCUGAACCACUGCAUGCCGAAUGACCCUCGCUUCUGGUAUGGGAAAACCCAGCACAGUUCUUUGGAUCAGAGCUCCCCACCCCAGACUGGGAUGUCUGCCACUUUCAAUCAGCCGCUUUUGGGGAUGUACGAUCCCAAAGAUGACUUCCCUCUCCGAAAAACAGCGUCUGAACCUAACCUGAAGCUGCGUUCUCGACUAAAACAGAAGGUAACAGAAAGAAGGAGCAGCCCUUUGUUACGGAGGAAAGACUGCCCUGUCACAGCUGCAAAAAAACGGUCAAUUGAUGUUGCAGAAUCAGCAUGCAACAGUGCCCCUGGAUCUGGACCAAGUUCUCCAAAUAACAGCUCAAACAACAUCACUACAGAGAACGGGAUCGCAGGAUCUGUUAGCAACAGCCUAGCCGAGCCCACCUUGGCUCACAGGCUGGUGAAUCGGGAAGGAUCAAUGACACAGUUGUCUCUGUACACGUCGCCUUCUCUACCCAACAUCACAUUAGGAUUGCCAGCCACUGGGCCGUCCAGUACUGCCUCAGGACAGCAGGAAGGUGACCGCCUGGCCAUGCCUGCACUCCAGCAGGGGCUCCCCAGAACCACUCCCUUCAUCCCCGGUGCCCACCUGUCCUCCUACCUGGGUGCCGCUGCACUAGAGAGGGACGGGGGGAAUGCACAUAAACCUCUCCUACAGCACAUAGUCCUACUGGAGCAGUCCACUGCACAAAACCCCCUGUUGACAGACUGGUAUGUUUCAGGCCUCGGGGCCUUGCCCCUCCACGCACAGUCCCUGGUGGGUGGCGGUGAACGGGUCUCCCCCACCAUACACAAGCUGAGGCAGCACCGCCCGCUAGGCCGCACACAGUCCGCCCCCUUGCCCCAGAAUGCUCAGGCCCUGCAGCAGCUCGUCAUCCAACAUCAGCACCAGCAGUUCCUGGAGAAACACAAGCAGCAGUUCCAGCAGCAGCAGCUGCAUCUCAACAAGAUGAUCCCGAAGCCGAGCGAGCCAAGCCGGCAGCACGAGAGCCACCCCGAGGAGACAGAGGAGGAGCUGCGGGAACACCAGGCCCUGUCGGACGAGCCCUUCCGAGACCGAGCCCCCAAGGAGGGGCAGCCCCGCCUUGUCCAGGUCAAGCAGGAGCCUCUGGAGAGCGAAGAGGACGACGCCCAGCAGCAGCAGCAGCAGCAACAACAUGAGGAGCUGCAGCACAGGCAGAGGCAGGCCGAGCAGGAGGGGCUGUUCAGUCAGCAAGCCUUGUUACUGGAACAGCAACGCAUCCACCAGCUGAGGAACUACCAGGCGUCGAUGGAGGCGGCCGGGAUCCCCAUGAGAUUCGCGGGGCACCGGCCCCUCUCCAGAGCCCAGUCCUCCCCUGCCUCAGCUACCUUCCCCAUCUCCGUGCAGGAGCCGCCCACCAAGCCUCGAUUCACCACCGGUCUGGUGUACGACACACUGAUGCUGAAACACCAGUGCAUGUGUGGCAACAGCAACACACACCCAGAGCACGCUGGGAGGAUCCAGAGCAUAUGGUCUCGGCUUCAGGAGACUGGCCUUCGAAACCAGUGCGAGUGUAUUCGUGGAAGGAAGGCGACGCUGGAGGAGCUGCAGACAGUUCACUCGGAGCCCCACGUCCUGCUCUAUGGCACAAACCCGCUCAAUAGGCAAAAAUUAGACAGUUCUUUGACCCCCAUGUUCGUGAGGCUCCCCUGCGGCGGAGUUGGAGUAGACAGUGACACGAUUUGGAACGAGGUGCACUCAUCCAGCGCUGCAAGGUUAGCUGUGGGCUCUGUGGUCGAGCUGGUCUUCAAAGUAGCCUCUGGAGAGCUAAAGAAUGGCUUUGCUGUGGUCCGGCCCCCUGGACACCAUGCUGAGGAGAGCACCCCCAUGGGGUUCUGCUACUUCAAUUCUGUGGCAAUUGCUGCCAAGCUUUUGCAACAGAGACUCAAUGUUAGCAAGAUCUUAAUAGUCGACUGGGAUGUUCACCAUGGCAACGGCACCCAGCAAGCCUUCUACGACGACCCCAACGUGCUCUACCUUUCACUCCAUCGCUACGACGAUGGUAACUUUUUCCCAGGCAGUGGUGCUCCCGACGAGGUUGGCAGCGGCCCUGGGGCUGGAUUUAAUGUUAACAUUGCAUUCACUGGUGGUGUGGACCCUCCAAUGAGCGACGCAGAAUACCUUGCGGCUUUCAGAACUGUGGUAAUGCCCAUUGCGAACGAGUUUGCUCCCGACGUGGUGCUGGUUUCUUCAGGAUUCGAUGCAGUUGAGGGACACCCAUCUCCACUCGGAGGAUACAACGUCACUGCAAAGUGUUUUGGCUACCUGACGAAGCAGCUGAUGGGAUUGGCUGGGGGCCGCGUGGUGCUGGCUUUGGAAGGGGGUCACGACCUCACCGCCAUUUGUGAUGCAUCUGAAGCAUGUGUUUCUGCUUUACUAGGAAACGAGCUCAGUCCCAUUCCACAAGAGGUGUUGCAGCAAAGGCCAAACCCAAAUGCUGUACAAUCCAUGGAAAAGGUCAUUGAGAUACAGGGUAAAUACUGGCACUCUCUCCAGCGCCAUGCCUCCACUGUGGACUACUCUCUCAUUGAAGCUCAGAAGCUUGAGACAGAAGAAACAGAGACAGUCACAGCCAUGGCCUCCCUGUCGGUGGGAGUCAAAAGCAUGGAGAAAAGGUUUGAAGAUGAGCCAAUGGAGGAGGAGCCAUCCCUGUAACAGCAGACAGAGCCACUCCUUAAGUUCCUGAUCCAGAGUCUCUUGCGUCUCUUGCUAGAAAGUCAAUUUUAUUUUUUCCCCUCGUUAUGCCAACAUCCUCUUACGGGGUUUCAUCCGGGAUCCGGCAAAAAACGAGUGUGGGAGCUGUGAACAGAUGGAAGAAAACAAUAUAUUAUUCUAGAAAGCAACAUGUUGAUUCUGUAGUACGUUCUGAAAUAAAGGGGCAGCCAGCCGCCACAUUGGGCAGAGUAUAUGGACAGUUUAAAAUAAAAAAACAGAAACAAGAGAUAUAUAUGUAGAUGUGAAAGCUGGAGCUUAUAACUUUACCUUUGGUUCAACGUUCAAGGCAGAAUGACUGUUACUGCUUGUGGUUUUCUUUUUUUGGAUCUUAUUCAGAGACAUUUGUUAUCUCUUACAAAUAAACUAAAAGACAUUGCCGUGAUUGUUUGAAAAUUAAAACACUUUCCAAGAAAGAGGAUACAGCUGAGGGACUGGGCUUCAGGCUCCAAUUUUAAAGCGUUGUGCCUUUUUUUGACCUGAUGGAUUUCAUGAUAAAUUCAGAAGAACAAUGCCUUAAACAAGUGACGUAACAGAAUGAUUCUUCAUCUUUCUUUCUUUUUCACACACACACGAUCGGAACGCCCAAAGCACGGCGGUAAACUAAACUCUUCAGCAUAUUUACGAGGAAAAGUGGUGAAGCCAACAGCUUACGUUUCAGAAUGUUUUAUUUUUUUUUGCUGUUAUAUUAAAAACAAUACAUACAUAAAAUAACCAUUUGUAAGGUAGUUGCCAGUUAAGGGGCAAACAUUGUUGGAAUAAAAAUUGAUUUUUACAGUUAGCGUAGGCCUGUGUAGAUUUAAGAGAUAAAAACUUGACCAAAUA